AUGGCUCUGGUGGAUAAUAAACCUAAGGAUAUCUCGUGCAAGGGGCCUGACGGGGCUGAUUUCGAGUUCCAGAGAGUGCUGUUUGAAGAUAAACUCGUGAUUAAUAUCCUUAUAGAUGGGGUUAUGGAUACGUCGUUUGACCUUCCACUUUCUACACUGAAGGCUAUAGAUUCGCUGGUUUUGACCAGUGAAGACUCGUUGGGCGUUGAGCCGGUAGUGCUCGUGGGAGAUCCACAUAACUUGAAGCUUCAGGUGGUGGCUGGACAGAUAGGCAAAGUGGUGUACCUGCUGGGGAACAGACGGAACGUGAUUUUGAGUAUGGGCUCGAGAUGGUUUGGCAGGGAAACGCAGGAUGGGGACUUUGAAAAGUUGAUGUUUGUGUUGGAGAAGGUUAAAGAGGUCCUCAAUUGA